AUGGCAGAAAUGAAAGCGUUCCAGCUCAGAGCAGCCUGCACUCUCACCUUUUUCUUUCUCCUGAUCUCUUGGGUUGAUGCAGCUUCCUUCCAGCAGCAUCAGCUGCUUCAGAAAGAUCCAGACUACGUGAUGAAGACCUUACAGAGGUUCCCAAAUCCUGAUAUGAUCAAAGCUCUGGAAUACAUAGAAGAUCUUCGCAAGCAAACUAACAAGGGAGAAAGCAGCCCUGAUUACAGCUUUUAUCAAGGUGUCCCAUAUCUCCUGCCACAGAAAGAAAGCAAAGAUCAGGUUCACCUACCAGACAAUAUAAGGGAUUCUUUGUCUGAAGACGAGUCCCAGUGGGUCAAGGUAAUGCUGGAAGCCUUGCGGCAAGCUGAGAAACAGUCAAAAUCUGGCCCAAAGGAGAAUAAAGCUUACGGUCUGGGUUCAGAUAACUUUCCAGCUGGACUAACAGAUGACUAUGAGGCAUACAAAUGGCCUGAGAGGUGGCCAAAGUAUCUCAAAAUGCCUCUUGGGCACUAUGAAGACAGUUCAAGAGACAGUCCUUUCAAGCGCACUAAUGAGAUAGUGGAAGAGCAAUACACACCCCAAAGCCUUGCCACGCUGGAGUCUGUGUUCCAGGAGCUGGGGAAGAUGGCAGGGUCAAGCAACCAUAAGAAAGAGAGGCUGGAUGAGGACCAGAAAUUGUAUACAGAUGAUGAAGAUGAUGUCUAUAAAGUGAAUAACAUUGCCUAUGAAGAUGUGGUUGGAGGAGAAGAUUGGAAUCCUAUAGAGGAAAAAGUGGAAAGCCAAACCCAGGAGGAGAUAAAAGACAGCAAAGAGGAAAUUGAUAAACACGAAGAGGAGAUUGAUGAAGAAAUGAAAAGGUCAGGAAAAUUCAGCUUCUUUGAGGAUGAAAUAAGAAGAGACAACAAAGACCCAGAGGAUGUUUCAAAGCUAAUGAAUUAUUACCUUAAGAAGCUGGUGGGCAGUGCUGGGAAUAGGAAAUUAAGGACUGGAGGAGAACUUGAGGAAAAAAGAGCAGCCGCAGUCUUGGAUAAGCAGCUCGAUCCUCAGUCUAUAGCUCAGCUGAUCGAAAUCUCAAGGAAUUUACAAAUUCCUCCAGAGGAUUUGAUAGACAUGUUGAAAGCUGGAGAAAGAAAGCAGCUUCAGAGCGAAAGGUUGGAAGCAGAGCAGGAAGUGGAAUUCCCAGAAGACCUCAACGAGAUCGCUGACAACAAUCUAGGGCAGAGCGAUAUAUUUAAAACCAGCAUAAACUCUAAAACCGGGUAUGUGAAGCAGCCUCUUAAUGCUAUCCCAGAAAACCUACCUGAAGACCUCAAUCUUGAAGAUAUCAUCAGUCUUCUGGGAGCUGACAAUUUAGCUAAUCAGAAUCCCUCUUACCUACUAAAUCAUCUUAAUCAAGAAAAUGACUUGCCGAGACUGUCUUACAUUCCCAGAAGAUUGAGAGGCCGCCCAUUCCCUAAAGCUGCCUGGAUGAACGACUUGGAAAGGAGACAAAUGGACUCCGAGAAGCUGGAUGAGAAGGAUGAAGAGCUAGCUGAUUACUUGGCAAAGGUGUUGGCAAAAUACCCUGACAUUGUCAAUACGAACCAAGCGAAACGAGUCCCAGUGCCAGCUUCUGAAAGUGAGCUGCAGGAAGAUGAUCGGCUGGAGCAGGCCAUCAGGGAGCACCUAAGUCAGAUGGGACCACAGGAGGCCUCGAAGUUGGCUUCACUAAGCAAAAGGCUCUCCAUGGCCGGGGAAAGUGAUGACACACAAACCAGGCAGUACCUGGAUGAGGAUAUGCUGGCAAAGGUGUUGGAGUAUCUAAAACAGGAGAAAUCAGAGCUGGAAAGAGAUCGCAUCGCAAAACGGGCAAUGGAAAACAUGUAAUGGUUCCCUGGCUCUUAUUUCUCUUCAGUGUGUUGACUUCUACCCUAAUUCAGUUGUGACUUCUUCCUGCUCUCCCACUAAACAACCUCUGGUAGACUACUUACCAUUGAACAGGCUGCAUAUCUUUCUCAGAGCUGUUAUCUUGUUUAUUGAUAUACUUCUAUAUGUCAUAACUUAUGGGGCAAACAGCAAAUUGCUUCAAGUGUUUUGAGAAACAAUUCAAUGAAAUCAAGUACAACCAUAAUAUGUAAAACUAACAACCUUUGCAUUGUUAAUAAAACCAUGAUAAAUGAGGAGUGACAGUUAUCAUUUGAGAUUUUUAAGAUUAUUUUGUUACUGUCUGUAGUGGUUUUUUGUGGAGUAUCGAAUAAAAAAAAA